UUAUUAUUAUAAUUAUUAUCAUUAUCGUCUAAUUACUAACUUUAGUAAUGGUCACGUGAAACAACUCGCUUGCACUACACGUUAGAUAGUCGAUAAGUUUAAAACUUAUACUAUUUCACUGUCUCUUACCUAUUGUCGAUCUAUUUCCCGGAAUGCGUUUAUUCAUAUACUUCGACCAACACCCGUUGUAAAUUUUUUGGAAGGAAACUAUCUGAAUAUGUUCUUUGUUAACGCAGUCACGAGUGAUCAUGUUUUCUCAAUGAAGUUAUUCAAUGCACGAUCUGUUUUAUUAUGCUAUGAGUCAAGAAGGUCAUUAUUGCAAAAAAGAAAGCAACACUAAACCUUACCGAUCACUUAGUUUUGCUGAUAAUAGAUUGGAUAAACUAUUCAUUCAAAUUCCUAGUCGAAGAUCUGAGUCAGCAGUUUGUGUUAACGACCGCUCCAAUUCUGCUUCACCUACUAGAAAACAGCCACACCCAUAUGCAAUGCAUGCAAUGAGUUCGAUUAAUGGACAACGGCCACGACUGCCGCAGUGGCCACCACCUGAUCCGCCUCCGCUGACUCCAGUUAUUAUGGGCUUUAGUCGUUAUUUCUUUGGUGCAACACUUGGAGUAAAUAACACAUCACCAGUAUGGACACUUCGUCCAUGGGGACGUGGUAAUCGCCUAUCACGUCCUGUAAAUCAGAUUAUUCGUGUUAACAUUGGCAUACCAGAACUUACUGAUGAUGCUCUUUUCAAUCCAACAGCAGAGGAAUCAGCCCGUAUGGUUUGGGUCGAUGCAAGUGAUGCUGUAGAGGAGAUCACAACUGGAGAAAUCGAAGUUAUGCCUACACCUCAAUUAGCAUCAUUGACUGAAGUUGAGGAUAGUCAGUUUGACGGCAGCGUAAGCUGUACUUCAGCCUUGCAAACACCCAGUACCCUUCCUAGUCAUUCUGGAAGUUACCAGACGACUGUUCAGAGUUUGUCUGAAGGAUCAUCUCACAGCUGUAUUUCAACCUCCCAUCAAUCACUGACAUAUCAAGCAACUGUAAAUGAUUCCGUCAAUGAGGAAGUGAUGUAUGGAUUAGAAGAAGAAGAUAGCACUGAGUUUGUCUUAGUAAUGGAUUCUAAUUUGGAUUCUCACAUCACAUUACAUAUGAGUGAUGAAAUGCUUCUUGUAGGACAGUUGAUUUUAAACAAUUCUGAUAGUGAAACUGAAAUGACAUAAGAUUAUCCAAAAAUUUUCAGGAUAAUAAAUCAAUUUUUAUAGAUUUAAUUUUGUUUUUCUCCCAUUAUCAUCCCAUUUAAGUUCAUUUUAUCUUUGUUUAACUUAACUACUGAUUGAUUGUUAUUUGUGAUCAGCAUGAUAAAUGAACCAAGUGGUUACAGCUCCUAGCUUCAUUAAAUCAGAUGGUGCAUUACACGUGGAGGGAUGCAGUGAAAAUCUUGUACGUUUAACUGUUUUAUCCUUGGAAGGAGAUAAACUGUUUGAUGGUUUGUUGAGCGCAGAACGACAUUUUAUUAUCGGCGAAUUUUCAAAAUGUACAGAGUGAUUGGAUAAAUUUAUAGAGGGGUAAAACGUUUUACUGACCGACUCAGACAUUAAACUUUUG